AGAUUCUUUUAUAUUAAUCGGAUUUGCUGUUGCUGAUCGCGGCCGGACCCGUCAGGAGGUCUUUAAUUGUUGGCUAUAAUGGAGCUUUUGUGGCCCAUAUGAAGCUGAAAUGUGAAAAUGCUCAAUUUCAAGGACGGACACUUGAUUUUUUUUUCUUUCUCUUCGGCGAAUGGUCUGUGGUGAAAUAGGAUAACAAAUCCCUCAGGUCAGAUCCAGUGUUGUUUCAGCUCCGUAGCGUUGUUGCAGUGAAAGCUGAGCUGAGCUAUGAUGCGCUUAAUAAUUAGACGCGGGUUUUGGUUAUUUGCGACGCAUGGCGCAGGUUUGCCGUAACGAUGUGAUCAGAUCGGGAUCUCCGGUUUCUCGCUGCGCUGCCUCCGAACAGAGUCGCUCAUGAUGCCGAGGGGUUUGCGGAGACUGGUGCAUUUGGUGCUGUUCUGCCCUCUGUCCAAAGGGCUGCAGAGUCGUCUUCCAGCCAUUAAGGUGAAGUACCUUCUCCUGGCAUGGCUGGGCAUCCUCAUCGCCAGCUGGGUCAUCUACAUGCAGUAUGCCUCCUACUCUGAGCUGUGCCGCGGGCAUGUGUGCCAUAUGGUGAUUUGCGAUCACUACAGAAGGGGCAUAAUAUCAGGCUCGUCCUGCAAGGCACUGUGUGAUCAGAGAACUCUGACCCUGCAGCGCUGCAUGUCCACCUCCUCCACACAUCAGGUGUACAGUGGUCUGUGGAAGGAGAGACCUGUUGUGAUCAAGUGUGGGGUUGAGGAUGUGGUGAAGACUGACGGGGCUCCAGACUCGGUGCUGCGGCAGGAAAUGAGCUUAUUUGACAAACCCACUCGUGGAACCUCGAUGGAUGAAUUUAAAGAGAUGCUGCAGAAUUUCCUCAAGGCUAACCUUGGUGAGCAGCCGUCUCUGAGCACGCUGGUGGACAGGGUCAUUACUCUGGCUGAUGUUAACCAGGAUGGCAAAGUGUCCCUGGCAGAGGCCAAGUCCAUCUGGGCUCUUCUCCAGAUGAACGAGUUCCUCCUGAUGGUGGCGCUGCAGGAGAAGGAGCACACCCCCAAGCUGCUGGGCUUCUGUGGAGACCUGUAUGUGACCGAGCGUGUGGGACACAGCUCCCUCUACAGGCUCGAGGUGCCUCAUUACCUGCAGGCUCUGGUCCCAGAGGCCCUGAGCUCCAGCCUCAACCACUGGCUCGCCCCGGCCUGGCCCCGCAGGGCUCGCAUCACCAUCGGCCUGCUGGAGUUCGUGGAGGAGGUCUUCCAUGGCUCCUACGGGAGUUUCCUAAUAUGUGACGCCAGUCCUCGCCAUGUGGGCUACAAUGCAAAGUAUGACUGCAAAAUGGCCAACCUGCGCAGCGUGGCGUCUGAGGCAGUUGUGCGGGGAUUUCUGAAGGGGCGGCGUUGUGAGACUAACGCAGACUGUACCUACGGCCGGGACUGCACGGCCACCUGUGAUCGACUGGUGAAGCAGUGUAACACUGAGGUUGUGCAGCCCAAUCUGGCAAAGGUGUGUGUGCUGCUGCAGGAUUAUCUGCUUUUUGGGGCCCCCUCAGACCUCCGUAGAGAUCUGGAAAAGCAGCUACGCACCUGUGUGACACUCAGCGGCCUGGCGAGCCAGAUGGAGGUGCAUCACUCGCUAGUCCUUAACAACCUAAAGACAUUACUGUGGAAGAAGAUUUCUAACACUCAGUACUCCUGAAAACAGGUUGAGAUGAUCCGACCUGUACCUCUAUAUAAUGAGUAAAAUAUUACAUUUACGAGUUUUGCUCACAAAGCUUUGCCAAAUGUCUUAGAGGGGGGUGGUUAUUAAUGUAUUUUCACACUACAUUGACUGUGAAUAACAGGAAACUGUGAAACUGUAAAACAGCAGAUGAGAAAGUUUUUUUUUUCUUUCGUUUUCCAAUUAAUUCCUUUGAGAAGCACAUUCAUCUGUUACAGACUUAAUAUUCUCAGGGCACUGCCUAUGAAUUUAUUUGUAAAAUAAUCUGUGAGUAAACUUAGUUUUUAAAAUAGUUUCAUAGAAUAAUCUUCUGUCUAUAUCUAUAGAGGCAGAAUGUCAGAUCUGACAGGGUGUGAUCAUUUUUGUACAACUGUAAAUAUUUGUUGUUUUCUGUGGAUAAAUGAAUCUCCAUGUGAAGCAGAGAUAAGAUACAAAUAACGGAUGGAAUCAUGCAUAUAUACAGUAGCACUGUAAUAUCCCUCCUGGUAUUGAUCUGAUAUUAAUAAUGUAUUUAAAACGACCUGAACAGGAGUUGUAAAUGAUGUUCAGAUAUGGUUAAACCUGAAUGAAAUUCUAAUACACAAAUAAACACAAGUUGGUUCAAACAAUAGACUUUAAAGUGAAUAAAAUUGUAUUUAUCUUAACUGGGUAAAUGAUGUCAGUAAAGAAGAAAUCAAAAGAAAGAAACUCUGGUAACUUAAUCAG